AUGUCAACGGCACAUCUACCUCCAGCGAUGCGAACAAAUGUUCCAGAUCAACAGUCAACUGUGCAGAAGUUACUCGAUGAAAACUCAAGGCUGAUCGAUAUUAUACAGGAAUAUUUAAAUCAGAGCCGUGCUGACGAAGCCAUCAAACACCAACAACUUUUACAUCGGAACUUGUUACAUCUUUCAAAUCUCGCAGACCCAUUCCUUCUAAGCCAGCUGAAAGAUGAUGGUACCGCUGCUGCCGCUCUUCCAGAUCCUAACCAACAACAGCCUCAACCCGGAGCUUCUGGUCCUCCGGCACCACAUCUCCAACAACAACAACCACAACAUUCACCACAACAAGGCCAUCCACAUCCUCAACAAGGACUUCCUGCCGCUCACCAUCGUCAACAAAUGAUGCCACCACAGGCGGCACCAAGUCCAGGUGGUCCAAUGCAGCCGCCUCACGGAUUUGCUCCUCCGCCAAUGGGUGGUGGUGUACCACCCGAGAUGAUGAAUCAUCAAGCUUAUCAAGCACAAAUGCGGCAGCAGCAACAACAGCCUAAUGGACAAGCUCCGCCACCUGUGUAUCCACCGUUUGGACAGCCAGCACCGCAGAUGAGUGGACAGCGAAUGCCUUAUCCUUACCCGCCGCAAGGAAUGCCUGGAUAUCCUGGAGGUCCACCACCACCACCACACGGAUACGAAGGAUAUCCUCCACCAGGAGCCCAGCCAGGAUACAUGCGAUAAUCGACAGAUCUCCAACUCCAAAAUUUCACCAAAUUGUCAAACAUAACAUCUCAUUCCUUUGUCUCACUUUGAUAUGUACUAACUGAAUCAUUAAAUUAUUGUGAUUGUAUGUUUUUUUUUCGAUGUGAGAAAAGAAAAGAAUCAUUGAUCUUGAGCACCAAUUAACAAUAAAUGCAACUAUUAU